AUGCCGCUCCGCUCCGCUCCGCUCCAGUGUUUCUCCGAGCGCCCCUCCCCGCUCCAGUGUUCCUACGAGCACGCCUCUCCGCUACAGAGGUCCUUCGAGGGUGCCGCUCCGCUCCAGUGUUCCACCGAGGGUGCCGCUUCGCUCCAGUGUUCCACCCAGGGUGCCGCUCCACUCCAGUGUUCUGCCGAGGGUGCUGCUCCGCUUCACGUCACGCCUCCAAGUUUGUCCGAAGGCGAUGUCACGCCUCUAAGUGAACCUGGAGACGAUGUCACGCCUCCAAGUGAACCUGAAGACGACCUCAUGCUUCAAGGUCUCUCCGAAGGCGUUGUUGCGCUUCACAGUCCCUCUGAAGGGGAGGCCGCGCUUUACAGCUCCUACCACAACAAUGUAGCACUUCCAAGCCUCUCCGAAAGCGCCGUCAAGCUUCAAGUCCCCUUCGGAGGGGCCAACGCACUCCAGGAUCCCUCAAUAGCCGACGUUACGGACCUAGGUCCCUCCCUCCCACGGUCACAGAGUCCCCUGGAGGCUACGUCAUGGUCCAAGACUCCGCCGAAAGCACCAUUGUGCUUGAUGUCGCCUUCAGCAGGAACUUGA